UGGGGACCUGGCUCCAGGGUCCAGGGUUACUGAGGUAGCCUUCUGGCUGAGGAGGACCCUCCACUCCUUGCUGAGUGGAGGCUGACCAGCCCCUCUCAAUGGGGGAACUAAAUAACCCUCAGGCUAGGCUGGGGAGGGGUUGGGGUUAUGACCACUGCGGAAGCUGGGCCAGCCUCCCCUGGCCUGAAGGAAGCGGCUUGGUGGUCAGCUGCCACCUGUAUGCAUGCCUGCGUACACAGCGUACCCUGGGACUCAGUGACCAGGUCCAGCCUGGACCUGGGCGAAAAGGGACCUGUGGAUGGGGGCAGAUACCUAAUUCCCCCCCUGCCCUUUGUCUCUAGGUCAACGUGGAGGUGCCGGGCCACCAUGCUCAGUCUCAAGCUGCCCCAACUCCUUCGCGUCCACCAGGUCCCCAGGGUGUUCUGGGAAGACGGUAUCAUGUCUGGCUACCGCCGCCCCACCAGCUCGGCCUUGGACUGUGUCCUCAGCUCCUUCCAGAUGACCAACGAGACCGUCAACAUCUGGACUCACUUCCUGCCCACCUGGUACUUCCUGUGGCGCCUCCUGGCGCUGGCGGGAGGCCAGGGUUUCCGAUCGGAGCCCUACCACUGGCCGCUGCUCGUCUUCCUGCUGCCCGCCUGCCUCUACCCGUUUGCGUCGUGCUGCGCGCACACCUUCAGCUCCAUGUCACCCCGCGCGCGUCACAUCUGCUACUUCCUGGACUACGGCGCGCUCAGCCUCUACAGCCUGGGCUGCGCCUUCCCCUAUGCCGCCUACUCCAUGCCGGCCUCCUGGCUGCACAGCCGCCUGCACCAGCUAUUUGUGCCCGCCGCCGCACUCAAUUCUUUCCUGUGCACCGGCCUCUCCUGCUACUCCCGGUUCCCCGAGCUAGAAAGCCCUGCGCUCAGUAAGAUCCUCCGCACGGCCGCCUUCACCUAUCCCUUUCUGUUCGACAACCUCCCGCUCUUCUAUCGGCUCGGACUGUGCUGGGGCAGGGGCCACAGCUGUGGGCAGGAGGCACUGAGCACCAGCCACGGCUACCACCUCUUCUGCGCGUUGCUCACUGUCUUCCUCUUUGCCUCCCACCUGCCUGAGCGGCUGGCACCAGGACGCUUUGAUUACAUCGGCCACAGCCACCAGCUCUUCCACAUCUGUGCAGUGCUGGGCACGCACUUCCAGCUGGAGGCGGUGCUGGCUGAUAUGGGAUCUCGCCGAGCCUGGCUGGCCAUUCAGGAACCGCCGCUGGGCCUGGCGGGCACAGUGGCCACACUGGGCUUGGCGGUGGCCGGGAACCUGCUCAUCAUUGCUGCUUUCACAGCUUCCCUAUUUCGGGCUCCCAGUACGUGCCCCCUGCUGCAGGGUGGCCCGCUGGAGGGGAAUACAAAGGCCAAACUACAGUGAGGCCCCAGCUCUGAGCCUGCCCUGGAGGGAAGCAGAGGCCAGGU